UCAAACAAAAUGCCGAAAGACGAUCCAGAGACGACAGCACUGAAGAAGGAACUCACAGAUUUGAUUGCUCAGGCUAAGGCAGCGCAAGAAAAGGUUGCAGAUGCAAAACUCGCAGAGAAAUGUGGUGACAUGGGAGACGUGCCUAAGAUACGAUUCGUCACAAAGAAGACUCUUAAAGGUCACAUCAACAAGGUGAAUUCGGUACACUACAGUGGGGAUUCCAGGCACUGUGUGACCGGGUCACUGGACGGCAAGCUGAUUAUUUGGGACACGUGGAGCGGCAACAAGGUGCAGGUCAUACCUCUGCGCUCCGCUUGGGUGAUGAGCGUCGCCUUCGCUCCUUCGGGCAACUUUGUCGCGUGCGGCGGCAUGGACAAUAUGUGCACGGUGUACGAUGUGAACAACCGCGACGCGACUGGCGCGGCCAAGAUGGUGCGCGAGCUGGCCGGCUACGAGGGCUUCCUCAGCUCCUGCCGCUUCCUCGACGACACCCACAUCCUCACCGGCUCCGGGGAUAUGAAGAUAUGCGUUUGGGAUUUGGAAGCCGGCAAACGAGAGAUGGACUUCAACGCGCACGCCGGUGACGUCGUCACCAUCUCCUUAGGACCAGAUAUGAAGACAUACAUAACGGGUUCCGUCGACCGCACCUGCAAGCUGUGGGACGUUAGGGACGAGAAGGCCAAGCAGACGUUCUUCGGACACGACGCGGACGUGAACAGCGUUUGUUACCAUCCGAGUGGACAAGCCUUCGCGACCGCUUCAGAGGAUAAGACAGCGAGACUUUUCGACCUUCGCAGCGACCAGCAGUUGGGUCACUACACUCCGCCGGGGAACAGCGGCUUUACUAGCUGUGCUCUGUCUCUAAGCGGGAGAUAUCUGUUAGCUGGCUCCGAUGACAAUGCCGUUCAUUCGUGGGACACGUUGAAAGUAGCUCACACAGGUACCCUCAACGGGCACGAGAAUAGGGUAACAUCUAUCUCUGUUGCCCCCAAUGGGAUAGCUAUGGCGAGCUGCUCCUGGGAUCAAAGCGUGCGCGUUUGGGGAUAAAAAGUUUAAAAACCUAAAAAAUGAAAUAAAUGACUUACUUUUAAAAUAAUGAAAACCAUUAUAUCUCAUAUUCUCUGUCUACAUAUAAAUGUGAGAUGAUUUAUUUUUGUUGUAUUAAAAUUAAUUUUAAAACUCCCUCAUGUUCGGAGACGUACGGGUGAAUUUUAAUUGAUAUCGCUAUAAAAAUAAAUAAGCCAUGUUACAUUUAGUUAUUGAAUUAUUAGAAUAACAACAUAAGUCUAUUCCAGAAUGUUCCGCUCUAGUAUAUAUUUAGAUUUAUAAUACUAUAUUUUACAAGUAUGAAAGUAAGGCUCUUAGAAUGUAUGCGUUUGUCACCUACACUAAUAUAAUAAAACGUAAACACAUAAUUCUUUGUUCCCUAAGAUGU